CAUCCGCCCCCUUUAAGGAGGUACCCACUUGUGUUAAGCCUUGAUAAGGAGCACUCUAUAGUUUGUUUUACAUAUACAUAUUUCCAUUCGGUAGAUUACUCUGUGUCUGCGUGUGUCAUACACAUUCUUGUACACCUUUCUCAUGCUGGUAUGGAUCCAGACUGCUGGCUGUGACGAACCACACUCACCUUGCAGUCUCAUCCCUACUGCCCGUAGCACAUUCUUCUGUUAAGACUUGGUGUGUGUUUAUUAUGCCGAGUAAAUUGUUCAGUUUUUGUCUUCUCCCUUCUCACAUAUGUGCCCUAAGAUUUCAGAUGCUGAUCUCUUUUGUUUCCUGUCACAGUACUCCCCAAAUUGCAUGGCCUUUUAUGACCCUGUGACCCUGUAUUGCUGUGGCAAUAUGAGCCCAUGUGACUUUUUUCUUGUCAGAAAAUACAAUCUGAAAUAAAGUAAGGUGUCUAAAUGCUAUUACUUCGGGUAAAAUUUAAGCAGUGCAGCUUUCUGCCUUCUCUACAUCUUUGGGCUUUUGAGGGGUAAGUUUAAUAGUACUGCCCACAAACCAAGAAUUUGCUUCUCAGUGUUUACAAAGUUACUCAGGCCUAAAUUGAGACGGUUGGGCUUUCAGUCCUAUAGAAACUCAGUGUUAAAUAAUCAUAAAAUCAAGAGGCAGAGGGGAUUUAUCUUUUUUAGGCCUUUAACAAUUUCUUAUAGUCUCUAAGUGUUCACUGUAUUCUAAUAUUGCUGUUUGGCCCUGUAAAACUCUGUUUUUUUAAGGAAAGAGACAGUGAAUCUUGAAGGAAGGUGCCUUUGCCUUCCAUACCACAGGUGAAUCACUGUAACCCAGUUGAAUUCUGCAUCUAGAAAGCCCAAGACUGAAGAAGAAAGAUCAGAGACAUUGACUAACCUGGAAACAGGGACUUCUUUGGAACUUUGGUUUCAUCAUCCACAGUACCCUUUUAAAACUAUCGUUGAGUGGAAUUGAUUUCUUCAUCUUAUUUUGCUUGUUGGGAAGAACAUGGCUUCAGGGAUUUUACGUUUGUCCUUAGUUUUGCAUGAACUUGAUAGGAAACGGAGCCCUUAGGGGGCUUGGGAAUGACAAGAAGAGAUUGAAGACCGACAAGCUCGCUUGCAUGCGCGCUCUCUCUCUCUCUCUCUCUGUUUUCCCUCCCCCUUUGAAGAAAAGGAUUUGCAACUCAACCUUGUAACAGCUGCUGCCCAGCUUUAGCCAUCAAGAGAAAAUAAAUAAAAUUAAACCACCAUUGCUGGACUACAGACCCUGAAGUCAAGGUGUGGGAGUGGUGGCAUUGAGGAAACUGCCUAAAAGGGACGAGGACCGCAGUGAAAACCGCUUCUCCUCAGAACUGGAAGGGGCCUCAGGUUCCCUUUUGGAUUAAAAUAGAAACACAGGGCGCACCUCUCUGAGGGGCACCUCACAUCUUGUGGAGUGUGGUAGUCCUGGAGGUGCUAUAGUGUCUCCUCAGAAGACUUUUGCCUUGCCCGAGGUGUUCUGCCCUGCCUGACAGGCUUCCCUUCUUGCCCUUGGAAGACUUGCCUCCAUCCAUGAGCUGUUCCUCGAUCUGUCUGGUGGCCCAUGUUCUCCAUCCGCAACCAUUUGCAUGUGUACAGCCUGCUGUUUGUCCCCUCUUUGUAGACCGUACGAGUUGUGUUUCUUAAUCUCUCCUUCUGCCUUGUUCUGGGGAGGUGGUUAUUCAUCAUUUCGAAUCACCUUUCCCCCUCCCAUGUGCUUUCCUUCAUUUGAGAUCUUUUGACCUUUGGUUUUAUUUGGGAGGGGGAAGGGUGAUACUUUCACAAUUUCGGUUUCCCCUGGUUUCCUUCUGUGCUCUCGUUGUCCGCUGCUUCCCUCAUCCCAUUUUCUUGUCUGUUCUGCCGCUGUGUGGGCCUGGGCUAUGCGGCAGGGCAGACCUCCCAUCAGAGCUCCAACAUGCCCGCAGAGUCUGGAAAGAGAUUCAAGCCCAGCAAGUAUGUUCCAGUCUCCGCAGCCGCCAUCUUCUUAGUGGGAGCUACGACCCUCUUCUUUGCCUUUACCUGUCCAGGACUCAGCCUCUACGUGUCACCUGCAGUGCCCAUCUACAAUGCCAUUGUUUUUCUCUUUGUGCUGGCCAACUUCAGCAUGGCCACCUUCAUGGACCCAGGGAUUUUCCCUCGAGCUGAGGAGGAUGAAGACAAGGAAGAUGACUUCCGAGCUCCCCUUUACAAAACGGUGGAGAUUAAGGGCAUCCAAGUGCGCAUGAAAUGGUGCGCCACUUGCCGUUUCUACCGUCCUCCCCGCUGUUCCCACUGCAGUGUCUGUGACAAUUGUGUGGAGGAAUUUGAUCAUCACUGCCCCUGGGUGAACAACUGUAUUGGUCGCCGGAACUACCGUUAUUUCUUCCUCUUCCUCCUUUCCCUGACAGCACACAUUAUGGGUGUGUUUGGCUUUGGCCUCCUUUAUGUCCUCUACCACAUGGAGGAACUCUCAGGGGUCCGCACGGCUGUCACAAUGGCAGUGAUGUGUGUGGCUGGCUUAUUCUUCAUCCCUGUAGCUGGCCUCACGGGAUUUCACGUGGUGCUGGUGGCCAGGGGACGCACAACCAAUGAGCAGGUUACGGGUAAAUUCCGAGGAGGUGUGAAUCCCUUCACCAAUGGCUGCUGUAACAACGUCAGCCGUGUGCUCUGCAGUUCCCCAGCACCCAGGUACUUGGGAAGACCAAAGAAAGAGAAGACGAUUGUUAUCAGACCUCCCUUCCUUCGACCAGAAGUGUCAGAUGGGCAGAUAACUGUGAAGAUCAUGGACAAUGGUAUCCAGGGAGAGCUGAGGAGAAGCAAGUCUAAGGGAAGCUUGGAGAUAACGGAGAGCCAGUCUGCAGAUGCCGAACCCCCACCUCCUCCUAAGCCGGACCUGAGCCGUUACACGGGGCUACGAACACACCUCAGCCUGGCUACUAAUGAGGAUAGCAGCCUCUUGGGCAAGGACAGCCCUCCCACACCCACCAUGUACAAGUACCGGCCGGGCUACAGCAGCAGCAGUACGUCAGCCGCCAUGCCUCAUUCCUCCAGCGCCAAGUUGAGCCGUGGGGACAGCUUGAAGGAGCCAACCUCGAUUGCGGAGAGCAGCCGCCAUCCCAGCUACCGCUCGGAGCCCAGCUUGGAGCCAGAGAGCUUCCGUUCUCCCACCUUCGGCAAAAGCUUUCACUUCGAUCCACUGUCCAGUGGCUCACGCUCCUCCAGCCUCAAGUCGGCCCAGGGCACUGGCUUUGAGCUGGGCCAGCUGCAGUCCAUUCGUUCAGAGGGCACAACCUCCACCUCCUAUAAGAGCCUGGCCAACCAGACACGCAACGGAAGCCUGUCCUAUGACAGCCUGCUCACUCCUUCAGACAGCCCUGAUUUCGAGUCCGUGCAGGCAGGGCCUGAGCCAGACCCACCUUUAGGCUACACCUCUCCCUUCCUGUCAGCCCGGCUGGCCCAGCAACGGGAAGCCGAGAGGCACCCACGUCUGGUGCCAACUGGUCCAACGCACCGAGAGCCCUCGCCAGUCCGGUACGACAAUCUGUCGCGCCAUAUUGUGGCCUCCCUCCAGGAACGAGAGAAGCUGCUACGCCAGUCACCCCCACUCCCGGGCCGUGAGGAAGAACCAGGCUUGGGGGACUCAGGCAUUCAGUCAACGCCGGGCUCAGGCCAUGCCCCUCGUACUAGUUCCUCCUCAGACGAUUCGAAGAGAUCACCCUUGGUUAAGACUCCACUGGGACGCCCAGCUGCCCCCCGUUUUGGCAAGCCAGAUGGGCUAAGGGGCCGGGGACUAGGGUCCCCUGAACCAGGCCCAACUGCCCCGUACCUGGGCCGAUCUAUGUCUUACAGCAGCCAAAAAGCCCCACCUGGUGUCUCCGAGGCAGAGGAAGUAGCCUUGCAGCCAUUACUGACCCCCAAAGAUGAAGUACAGCUCAAGACCGCCUACAGCAAAUCCAACGGGCAGCCCAAGAGUAUAGGCUCUGCCUCCCCUGGCCCAGGCCAGCCUCCGCUCAGCAGCCCCACAAGGGGUGGAGUCAAGAAGGUGUCAGGGGUGGGUGGUACCACCUAUGAGAUUUCCGUGUGAGCCUUCAGCACCUCCCUUCCGCCCCACGCCUCUGCGCCUACACCAAAGGGCCCCAGGUGGCCACCUUCCUUUCCUCAAGGGGCUCCCCUGCCCUGCAUGGACAUUUUUUUAAACCACCGAUUCCAAGAGGAUGAGGAGCGUUUUAUAAAAUGCAGUGGGGUUGGGGAGUUGGAGAGUUGGGGCCCUGAGACUGGGGUAGCAAUCCCCUUCACCUUUUAAGACCUUCCCUUCCUUAACCCCUGGACCAGACUCAGUGGACAUUUGUGCAAUUGCUCGCCCUGGAGGGAACCAGAUCAUUUUUAAACCAGAAAUAAUUUUUUUUAUUAUUGUUACGGAUUCUAUUUUUUUCCUCUCUGCGUUACCAGGUGUGUGUGUACAUAUAUAUAUAUAUACAUAUAUAUAUAUUAUAAAUAUCAAAGAAAUUCUAUAUCUAUCCUGGGAUGGGAAAAUGAGGGAGGGAUAUGUAGGAGGGGUAUCGUACUCUUCCCAUUCCUCAGACCAGCAGGAAAGAAGUGGGGACAUCCAUCGAAGUCUUCCUUUUCCAGUGGUUCCCUCUCUUGUCCCAGUUACCCACUAAGGAAACAGCACCCCCUGUUGUUGGUGCAUAGUGAUCAGGAAAGACACCUGGGGGAGAGGUGAGUCUGGGGUCUUGGUCAGAGGAGGGAAGGACUUGGAGAGGAGAGUUAGUUUUCUAGGCUCACUGGCACUUAGUUUCCCCAGGAAAGGGGUCACAGCCCCAUGACUUUGGUGGUGGUGGGGAGAUCAGGAAACGAGCUUGGCUGAACUCCAGAAACAAUAUUGGAUAAUCCCCCCCGCUUCUUGGGGGUGAGGGAUUAGGGUGGGCUCCUUUAGUCCCCUCAGAGCCUUCCCCCAACUCACACGGUUAACAUUUUUAAAUCCAAGGCCGGGAGAGAUGAAUCCAAAAAGCAAUAUUUUUCAUCACAUGCCAAAAACGGGAUAGAGAGAAGGAGCGGCAGGCCUAGGGCCCUCCGAUUGUCCCUUGGGGGUUACCCCUCCGCCCACCUCAGUAUGGUGCUGGGUAGUGGGGGUACCUGGGUUCUAACCUCUAAAUAGGGGAGACCCCAGCCUCUAUAGACAGAGGCCCUUUUAUUUUUUAUUCUGAUUAGCCAUUUUAAACCAACAAGGAAUAAAAAGAAAUCCUGAUCUAACCA